AUGCCAAGGGUUGGUUUCCAUAGUAACGUUUCGAAGGAACCUGGCGUGUCGAGAGGACAGAAGUCCAAACUUGCUGCAGCGGUCAAAAUUCUCCUUAUCGGAGACAGUGCUGUGGGAAAGAGCAGUCUUAUUCUCAGGUUUUCAGAGGACGAAUUUCGAAGCGACCUCACAUCCACAAUUGGAGUUGACUUCUUGAUCCGCACAAUGGAAAUCGAUGGUGAACCGGUGAAGAUGUCUAUAUGGGAUACAGCUGGGCAGGAGAAAUUUCGCACCAUCACUGAAGCCUACUAUAGGAACGCUCAUGGGAUCAUUCUCGUAUACGACAUCACCGACCCGAAAUCAUUCAACAAUGUGCGAGGAUGGAUCAAGAGCAUUGAGGAGCAUUCGACUUGCGGGGUGCGUGUGGUUCUUGUCGGCAACAAGGCUGACAUGGACAACCGACGGGUAUGUUGUGAUCAGCAAGGAACAAGGGCAGCAACUGGCUAA